CAGCAAAAUGCAGACGAAAUUUGUUCAAUCGGCAGAUGAACCCAGCGUGUCUUGUGUGGGUCUACGAAAGUCAUUAAUAAUUAAUAGCUAGUUUCAUAAUCAAAUCGGUACGCAGUUCCACAUGGACUGGGAAUAACUAUAGAAGUAGCUUUAUUGAGUCCUCAGGAGUUAGAUUUCAGUAAUGGAAUAUGCGUUCGGUGGAUUAGCUGCUUGUGGGGCUUGUCUUUUUACAAAUCCAUUGGAUGUCGUUAAAACCAGAAUGCAGUUACAGGGAGAACUUCUUUCCCGAGGAGCAUAUUCAGUUCUUUAUAAAAAUUCACUACAUGCAUUUUAUGUUGUUGCAAAGAAUGAUGGAAUCAAAGGUUUACAAAAAGGGCUUGUACCAGCUCUCUGGUAUCAGUGGACGAUGAAUGGUACUAGGCUUGGCUUGUAUCACUUCUUUGAAAAUCAGGGAUGGACACAUACCCAUGGUUCUGUUUCUUCUUUCCAUAGCAUAGCUGCUGGUGCUGUUUCAGGAGCAUUAGGAGCAUUUACAGCUAGCCCAUUCUAUCUUAUAAAGACACAGCUGCAAAGUCAGUCCAAUGAAGUCAUUGCAGUGGGAUGUCAGCACAAUCAUACCGGAUUUUUAUCUGCCUUGCAGAAGUUGUACCGUAGCAGUGGAAUUUCAGGACUUUGGCGAGGGGUUUCAGCAUCAAUGAUGCGAACAGGCGUUGGUUCCGCUGCCCAAUUAUCCACGUUUACCAAAAGCAGAGAAACUAUCAAUCGUUUAACUAAACUGUCACCGAGUUCCUGGAAAUCAACUCUUGCAGCAGCAAUGCUUUCCGGCGUUGCUGUCGCAGCUGCUAUGACUCCUUUAGACGUUGUAUCCACUAGAUUAUAUAAUCAGUCUCUAGACGUGCACGGAAAAGGAGUAUAUUACUCGGGCCCUCUUGACUGUCUCAUCAAAGUAUUCAAGGCGGAGGGUGUUUUAGGCCUCUACAAGGGUUGCCUUGCAAAUUACUUACGCGUCGGUCCUCAUUCUGUUUUAACGUUGACAAUUUGGACGUAUCUUCGUGAGACAGAGCUGGAGGAUAGUAAAUGACAGAAAUUCUAAAGGGAGUUUUUAGUGUUUAAUCAUUGGGAACCAUCGUUGAAGUUUCUUUUUGUAUGCUUUAAAAAAAUAUAUACGUUCCGAAUUUUUCA